CCCCACCCACAGAGGGAACAGAAGAUGAAGUACAUCAUUGGCAUUGGAGGCAUGACCAACGGAGGAAAAACUACACUGACCAAUAGACUCAUCAAAACCUUACCAAACUGCUGUGUGAUCCAUCAGGAUGACUUUUACAAGCCACAAGAUCAAAUAGAAGUCGGGGAAGACGGCUUUAAGCAAUGGGACGUGCUGGAAUCUUUGGGCAUGGAGGCCAUGUUGAACACAGUCCUGGAAUGGCUAAACAACCCCAUGAAGUUUGCCAGCACCCAUGGGAUCAACAUCCAACAGAACUCCCAGGAAUCCAACUCCGAUGAUACCCACAUCCUCAUCCUGGAAGGCUUCUUGCUCUAUAGUUACAAGCCCUUGCUGGAUUUGUACAGUCGCCGUUACUUUUUGGCUGUUCCAUAUGAGGAAUGCAAGAGAAGAAGAAGUACCCGCAACUAUAAAGUUCCUGACCCUCCGGGUCUCUUUGAUGGCCAUAUUUGGCCCAUGUACCAGAAAUACAGGCAGGAGAUGGAAAACAAUGGUGUGGAUGUAGUGCAUAUCGAUGGACUGAAAUCCAGAGAUGAGCUUUACCAUCAAGUCCUGGAAGACAUCCAGAAUACACUCUUAAAUCGCUCCUAGCUUCUGGGAAGAGAGUGAGAAAGGGAGUGGGACCUGCCCCUCACGGAUUUAGCAGAUCUCCAUCAUGCCAAAGGAACAAUACACUGAACCAAGUCCAUAGACUCUACGGGGCCCAGAGACAGGCGCCCUCAGCUCCUGGGGAGG